CACAUGAAAAGCCUGCUUGCAAGUUGCUUCUUCUUCAUCUGGUUCUGGUGGAGUGGAUACUGGAGUGAAGAGAGGAAUUCCAGAGAAACGGAUAAGACCCAGUUUUGUAAGCAGUGUUUCGCGGUGCUCGUUUGAAAAUGGCGUCCUCAUACGCAGCAGCUGCUCUAUCCUGGAGCGCUUCCUCUUGGCUUCACAGCUUCACCGGCCAAACCAAUGAAGCUUCCGUGAUGCCAGAUAGAAAAUUGGCUAUGCCGGUCGUUGCCCAGAAGAAAGCCAAGAAGACUAGAAAGAUAAUAUUGAAAGAGGAUGUGGAGUAUGUGGGGAAGAGGGGGCAGCUAAUUGAUGUGAAGGCUGGCUUCUACAGGAACUUCCUCCUGCCCAUGGGCAAGGCCCAGAUUGUCACUCCUGUUUUACUGAAGGAAAUGCGAAUGGAGGAGGAAAGAAUUGAAGCUGAGAAACUGCGGGUAAAAGAAGACGCUCAGCAGCUUGCUCGGAUAUUUGAAACUGUUGGAGCCUUCAAGGUGAAGCGCAAAGGUGGAAAGGGCAAACUGAUAUUUGGCAGUGUGACUGCUCAAGAUCUUGUCGACAUCAUAAAGGCACAGCUUCAAAGGGAUGUAGACAAGCGUAUUGUCUCACUUCCAGAAAUUCGUGAAACUGGAGAGUAUGUUGCUGAACUCAAGCUUCAUCCUGAAGUCACUGCUCGUGUAAGGUUGAAUGUCUUUGCCAACUGAGGUCAUUUGUACCUUCCAAUAUCCCCCAGGACACCCUGAACAAAUUUCACAUUUCUGGUAUGUGAUCACCAACCAUUACAUCAUUCGAAAUGGGUGCCGAUGAUAAUUUGCUUCAAUCAAUGGAAGAAGUUCCAGAGACUUAAUUAUUUCCCAUCGUUGCAGGGGGUGCAGGCGGAGUUGUGAAUGUGUUUAGUUGGAUGCAACAAAUCAAGAUUAGUUUGUAAACCGUACAGAUGUACUGAACAGAAUAUUUAUGGAGAUGGCAUUGGUGUUUCACUUAAAUUGUUCAAAUGAAACAAAGUACAUGGCAGGUCGAUCCCUUCGUCAACAUAUGUAGUUUGUUGUUGUGGGUGAGAAGAAUGUACUGAACAGAACAUUUUUGGAGAUGGCUGUGUUUUACUCAAAUGAUUCAAUGGAACAGAUUACAUGGCAGACUGAUCCCGGGGAAAAAAAAACAAUGUGAAAAAAAGAAUGAGUGUUGCUGCCCAGGAUCGAACUGGAGACCUUUUGCGUGUAAAGCAAACGUGAUAACCACUACACCACAGCAACAAUUAAUGUUUUGAUUGUCCGUGCAUAAUUAAUUUAUAACUAAUUAAACUUCGAUUAGUCAAAAAAAAUUGUGAAAAGAAGAAAACAUGUUGCUGCCCAGGAUCGAACUGGAGACCUUUUGCGUGUAAAGCAAACGUGAUAACCACUACACCACAGCAACAUUUAGUGUUUUUACUGUCUGUGCAUUUUUAUUCUAUAAAUAAUCACACUUGGUCACGAUUAGUCAAAAAACAAUGUGAAAGAAAGAGAAAAAUGUUGCUGCCCAGGAUCGAACUGGAGACCUUUUGCGUGUAAAGCAAACGUGAUAACCACUACACCACAGCAACAUUUGGUGUUCUGAUUAUCCGUGAGUUUUACCUUGUAAAAUGAUAGUCAAAAGAGUGCCUAGCAAUUCACAAAGAUAAAAAGAUGCCAAAAGGGUAUCUCAAAAUGAACAAGUCUGGAUUACAUCUACUCAGGCCAAAUGUGAAACUUAAUAGCAUCACAUCCUCACCUUUUUCUUUCCCUCUAUCAAUAAUGCUACUUAAAUACAUAAUACUCUCUUAUCCAUCAAUUCUCACAUACCCAUUUUCACAUAGGCCUGCAUUUGGGCGGUUUAGGUUAAUCUCACUUAAAAAUCCAAAUUUUGGUAAAACUCACAUUUACAAUAAAAAUUUAUCGAUAUGAUAUUUGUGGCAUAUGAUGUUUAAUUGUCCGUUAAUUAACUUUAGUAGUGGACAAUACAAUCACAAACAGGACUGGAUGCCACAAAUUUGUUAGCAUCUCGUUGCGUAUGAUGUCUUAAAGCGGUAAGUGACCGAUUCACAUAAUGAGCUCUAUUUUCAUGGACAACACCAGGCGACGGAUAGAUGGGUUGUCAAUUACUCACCAGUAAGAGUAAAUUGUCUCCAUAUUGGAUGAGGAAUUCUAAUGGAUCAAUCUAAUACAAUUGUCUCGUUUUGAGUCAAUUGUGCUACAUUGAUCCGUUUGGCAGCAGAAAAUUUGGAUGAAGCAAUUUGGGCUGGGGAAUUCUGAAUUGACUCAUUUUGAGCCAAUUACAAUUGUCUGGGGUGGGGGCAGGUAAUCUGAAUUGACUCGUUUUAAAUGAUUCGUUUUGUAAAAUGAAACAAUUGGUCAAAUUAUCUCGUUUUACAAUUGAUCCAUCCAAACGACCCCAAAAGAAGUCGAUAAGAGAAGAGGAAUGGAAGUUGGGAUAAUGAAGGGUGGAUAGAUCGAUGUAAGGUUUGAUGCCAAAGAUGGGCAUCUGCAGAGGGACUGUGACUUGCCACGAAUGGGAAGCCACACCAUGCUACCUGCAGGUAUUUCCAUAUCAACUGAAUCAUCGCCAAAACCCAUAAACCACACAAAAGAAGAAACGAAUAACAUACUAAUUAUGUACUUAAGUACUUUGCGAGUUGUUAGUUAUUAGUGGGACUAGUUGGUUUAUGACACGUUAUUGAAGAUCGUUUUGUUAUGAAUUUUACUUCUUAUCUUAAGUGGGCUAUCAAUUUAAAACCCAUAUAUUAACUAUUUGGUUUUAAUGGACUAACUCCAAGUGAUCGAUACAUGAUGCCCAUCAUGACUACUUAAACCCAAAAUGGGUCGAAUGGGUGGAAACUCAAUACUUUGUCGCCUUGGUUUUAUAGGAGUCUAUGGCCAUUAGUAUAUAAAUGAGUUUGAGGUUGUGGUACCCAACACACAAAGACCAACAUAACUCUCUUCUGCUCCCCAUCAGGAAGAUAAGAGGACUCCCGUAUAGGAACUAAGGAGGCUUGGUCGAGGAAGAUCACGAAAUCUCCUGGAUCGUGCUUUAUGAGUAUCGUCCAGUUCCAGAUCGCUGUGCGGAUUCGACAUCAAGACUUUGGCGAUCGACCGACUUGAAUUCAGGUAUUCCAAUAACCUUUAAUAAUAUGGCAAGACGAUGAAUUACGGGGAAUUAAAUAUGAUAAAAGUAAUUCUAACAGGUUUGUUAUAGAAAUCACGUGUUCAGGUCAUCACGACUUUAAUAUUAAUCAUCGUCUUAGAUCAUAUGGUAUGUCGAGCAGAUGACAUGGUAUGUCGAGCGGAGUUCAUAUGAAACUUCAGAUUAAUGAAUUGACUUUCGUUUUGAAUGAGGCCUAUUUACCACGACGAUCCAUGGCUCGACAACUCUCUCCUCAAUUGGAUUUAGGAAAAUUCCAAAUCCUAGGCCUAUGCGGAUUUGGAAGUCUGCGAAGCACAUAUGAUAUGACAUAUCCACUCCACUUGCCACAUACUUGGAGAAUAAAGACAAGAACAUGAAUCCACUCACAAACAAAGCCUAUCCUCUCAAGGAUUUGUUUGCAGGCUGAUUCCAACUUCACUCAAACACUGGCACCACUCCUCCCUCUUCAACUGUUUUUUUCGUGUCUAUCCUCGUCACUAAUUUAUUAGACACAACUUAUUUUUGACAGCGUCAAGACAAAACCAAAAGCAAGAAGUUAAAGAAUGAAGACUAUACUUCAAU